GUGGUCUCUGCGGAGGUUUCACGUUUGAACGUCUCCUCUCGAAAAAAAAACGAACACACAACAAUUUCCACGGACAAAAAAAAAGCGCAAUGUGAAAGCCAAAAAAGACUAGAAAUAGCCUGGCGUGACGUCCCACACACAGACGACAAGACAGACAGCAUCAGAAGGCAGCAGGCAGCAGGCAGAAGAGCAUUCAGCAUUCAACAUAACAUCAACAACAUCCAACAUCAGUAGCAGACGAAAGCGUACCGCGUGAGGAUCGCCCCAGAUAUCCGUAAAAAGAAAAUAAAAGUGUUAACCGAAUACGAUCGAUCGAUGCAAACGCCAACAUUCCAUAUAGCCAGCAGCAAGAGCAGCAACAGAAGCAAACAGCAAGCAACACAAACGAAACGGAGGAAAACCUGUAGAUAACCUGUAGAAUACAGAUUUUCAUUAUCGAACGUGGUGGGCUGACCUGACCCACAGGUGGUUCCAGUUAAUAUCCUUCCCAAGAACCCCAAACAACACUCGUGUGUGUGCUCCGCGCGUGUGUGUGUGUGUGUGUGUUCGUGUGUGUCUCAGAAAGUGUCGCGGAAGUGGAAAUACAAAUUCAAUUGAUGCGAGUUCUCGAGUUCGAGUGAGAUAUUAAAUGAUGUGCCAUCCAUCCCAACACCAGACGACGACAGUCGUGUGACGUCCUCCCCCAACCUCCCAACCAUCAACAAAAAAAUAAAGGAGGAGCAGAGGCGAAGGCAAGAGGACUCUCCGCUCUGUCCGCUCUCCAGUGGUGUUGCAAGUGCAAGUGUUGCAGCGAAAAAGGGGCUGGGGACGAUGCCGGUCAUUGCCGAUGCCGAUGCCAGCGAUGAGCCACCAGCAAAAUGUUGCAAACAUUGUGAGGAGUCUACGCACAGCGUGGACGGAGGACCUGCAUCGUGGCGUUUAACGCUCGAUCAGGAUCUAUUUGACACGCUCAAGGGUAAUUUUCCCAGUUGGUUUCAGAGCAGCACGGGUGCUGCAGUAGCAGCAGCCAGCAAACAGCAGUUGCAGCUGCACCAUAAGCACCAUCAGCACCAAUUGGUGGCCAGCCACAGUGUCAUACCCAUUACCAUAGACACGAAGAUCGCCAGCAGCAACAACAAUCAUACACUCCAACAGCAGCAGCAGCAGCAGCAUCAACAGACAGCGAUAUUGAGCCACAGCUCGAGCUCCGCAUCGCCUGCUUCCUCCAUUAGCUCCAAUUGCUCAAAGAAGUCCAACAGCAGCAGCCUGAGCAGCUGCAGCAGCAGCAGCAGUUGCAGCUCCCACUCCAGUGGGGGUGGUGCAGCGACGGCGAGCCGCUUCCACAACAAAUCCACAUCCACGUCGCCCACCAAGGGGCUGGCACGGACGCUCAAGGCCACCCAGAAGACGCACAACGGCAACAGCAACAGCUGCCAGAAGGUGGGCCAACUGGUGAAGUCCGCCUCGUUGCACAGCCUGAGCAGUGGCAGCAGCGGUUGCAGCAACGGUAGCGGUAGCGGCAGCAGUGGCAGUGGCAGCGGCAGCUCCUCGCUGCUGGCCACCAUAUCCACAUCGCCACUGACCACCGUAGAGCUAAUCUCGAACGCCGCCUGCAGCGGUCUGCUGGCCACCAGGCUCAGUGGCAAGGCCUUGCAGCACUCCUUUCAGGAUAUCAUAUUGCUGCACGAGGCCUACGACGAUAUGUCAGAGGGUGAGCAGCGACUGCAUGCUACAUUUCUGGGCAGCAGCGAUGAUGGCAACAAUUCGGACUGCUACGAUGCCAGACAAUCGCCGCCAAAGGCCAUCGUUGAUUCCAGUCCCCUGCAGCCAGCCAUGGACAAGAACAAAGAAUCGCUCAAAGUGAAGCUCAUGGUGCGACGACCCCACUCGCAGCUGGUCGAACAGGGCAUCAUACCAUCUCUGAAAACCUCGCCCGCCAUCCACGAACAAUGCAAGCAACUGGAACGCGCCAAGACCAGCGAUCUGCUGAAGGCCAAAAUCCAGCAGCGGCCCAAUCGCGAGGAUCUGGAGCGGCGUCACAUACUCGAGGAGGAUGAGUGCCACAUCGAUCCGAGUCUGGCGGAGAAGCAGCGCAUGCUGAAGAAGGCGCGCCUCGCCGACCACCUCAAUUCGCAGAUCCAGCACCGUCCGGGGCCCCUGGAGCUGAUCAAGAAGAACAUCCUGCACACGGAGAAGCCCAUCGAGAAGAUCGUGAAGGAGGGCCUCGUCUCGUUCAAGGCCACCAGCGAGGGGCUGCUCACGCGGCCCCAGCAUCCGCACAGCUAUGUGACCUUCGAUGAGGACUCCCUCAGCUCCGAGAGCGACACACGACAGACGCCGCCACGUCUCGAUGAGGCCAUGGUCGUGACACCCAUGCCGCUGGCAGCGGCACCCACACCCACACCACCCACGGAUGUGUUGCAGGCGGCCGCUGCCUCCGCAGGAAUUGUGACGAUGGCCCUGACAAUGCCAACGGCCAGUAGUGGUGGCCAGUUGAUGGUUACAACGCCGCAGAUCAUCCAGCAGCAGCAGCAACAGCUGAAGUCAAUGGUGCUGCCAGCGCCUGUGCCACCGCCACCGCCUCCACCGCCGCCACUGCCGAUGGCCAGCAUCGUGAAGGUCAAGGCGGAGACGGCCAAUCUGUUCGAGGAGCUCUGCCAGAGCGUGGCCGGACCCACGGCCAGUCCGGGAGUUGCCAAUCAGUUCCUGCCCAUGCCCAUGCUUGCGUCGCCCUGCUCCCUGGCCUCCAGCAGCACCUCCACAUUGAGUCCGCUGUCUUCCAUUGCCUCACCGCCGCCGCCAGCGAUCACCCGCCUGCAUCUGCAACCCGUUUCCAUGAAGUCGGAUGCCCCCGGCAAGGACAAGAAUCGCAAAAAGUCCAAGUCCAAGCCGGUGUCCAAGGCGCGCACCAUUAAAUUCCACGAGUACAAGGGUCCGCCGAGUGCCGCCGGCCAGAAGGUGGAUCAGACGCAGCCGGAGGAGACCUCCUACCAGCUGAUGUUGGAGCAGCAGAACUGCUUGCUCAAGUAUCUGGAUAACCUCAACAAGAAUCAGUCCAUACUGCCGUCGUCCAAUGCAGCAGCAGCAGCAGCGCAGCGCAACAACAACAACAGCAUCACGGUGACGACCAAGACAGUGCCGGCUUUGGCCUCCUCUCAAACGGCACCGAUUCCGGCUCCGAUCAGCCUACCGAAUACCAUAUCCAUCACGAGCAGUGCGGGCGGAGCUCCCCUGAACUUUGGUGAUGCUGCCAUGCUGAGCACGCCCACGCCAGCGGCCACACCCACACCGCCCAUGCUGUCGCUGAUAGCCACACCGCACCACCACCAUCAGCAGCAGCAGCAGCAUCAGCAGCAACAACAGCAGGCACCAGUUGCUGCUGUUGUGCUGCCGCCAGUGAUUGUGCAGCAUCCACCGCCACUGCCCUCGCCAGCGCUGUCCGUCAGCUCCUCCAUACCGCCCAGUCCGGCCACCAGCUACGCAGAGUCCAACGCUACCACCAGCAGUGCCUGCAUCACGGACAUAACGCGGCUGGAGAAGAUGAAGGUGUCCGACCUGAAGCAGCACCUCAAACGCCGCAAUCUGCCAGUAUCCGGACCAAAGCCGCAUUUAAUUGAACGGCUGAAGCCUUACCUGCCACUGGAGCCGCUGGAGAGCAAUGCAGCGCCUACUCCUGCCGCCAAUACAACGGAGGUGAUCACAAUCAGCGAUGCAAUGGAUACCAGCAACCCUCCACCGGCCAUGUUGGUGUCCGAUGCCAGCAUGGAGCACGAGCAGAUGGAUGUGGUGCAGCAGCAGCAGCAGCAGAUGGACACUGCGCACCCCAUGGCGAUACUGCCACAGCAGCCACAGACUGCCACGAUCAUCCUGACCAACGAAGAGUUGCUACGAGAGCAGCAGCGAAAGAUCGACGAACUGCAGCGUCAACUGCAGCGCUCGCAGCUGGAACUACAGCAGAUACGCCAGCGGCAGCAGCAGCAACAGCAUCAGACGGUGGUAAAUGCAAUGCCGCCACAGCAGAUCACCCUGAUCACCACAACAACAUCGAAUGGGGGGCCACAGCAGACGCUGACGGUGAUGCCACAGCAGCAGCAGCAGCAGCAGCAGCUGCAACAUCACGUGGAAAAGACAAGCAGCAUACCGGCCAAGGUGACGGUGAAGGCGACAGCAGCGAGUGCUUCUAAGAUCAAUGGAGUCCAACAGCAGGCCAAAAAGCCUUCGCACGCCCCCAGCAGCAACAGCAGCAACAUUGCCACGAAUCCCAACCAGCCGCCGCCGCCAAUCAGCCAGAAGAUGGUGGUAAAGCAGCAGCUGGAGGCCAAAAUACAGAAGCAGAAGGCAGCGGCUGCAGCAGCCGCACAGCAGCAACAGCAGGCGGUACUCCAACAGCAGCAGCAGCAACAACAGCAGCAGCAGCAGCAACAACAGCAGCAGCAACAGCAACAACACCAGCAACAGCAGCAACAGGUGCGCCUGCUCACGCAAAAGACACAAACUGUACUCAUUCCAUUCAACAACACCAACAACCAGACCAACAACAAUCAUAUAAGCAAUGCUCCAGCCAAGAACCAGGCCAAGAAAUCCCAUGCUGCUGCCACCGGGCCCACAGCAGUCACAACGACUGCAACAAUCCUGCAGGCAACCAAACCGCUGACAGCGGGAGCAGGAGGAGGAGCAGCAGCCACGCCACACCACAACAAUGUGGGCCUGCUGUGGAACGAGGGGAAUCAGACCAUCUUCCUUGUGGGACUCAACGAUCAGCAUAUGACGGCCCACACGCUUGGAAAUAUCAGCCUCACCGCCACCACAGCAGCAGCAGGAGCAGGAGCACCAGGAGCUGCUGCUGUGCCCGCCAAGAAGCUGCUGAAUGGACACCAACGCACAAACUCCCUGCCCAGCAUUGUGUUUCCCAUCGAAGCCAAAUCUAUUAUCACGCAGCAGCAACUGCAGCAGCUGCAACAGUCGCACUUCCAGCAACAGCAGCAACAGCAGCACCCGCAGCAGCAGCAACUCAUCCAACUGGACAUCAAACCCACGACAGCACCGCCGCCACAGUAUGAGGAGGCCACCAAGCAGCUGGCUGCCAGCAAGGCAGCAGCUCUCAACGGACUGGUGCCGCUUGUAAAGAUCAAAGAGGAGCCUGUGCAGUCGCCAGCACCGCCGUUGGCGCUGCCCGUGCCCGCUCCAGCUCCGCUGAGCAACCAGGUGAAGCGCAAGUCGACGGGCAUCAAGUCCGAACAGGUCAGCGAUGUCUUAGAAAUUCUCAUCAAGCAGGGUGAGCUGCCAGAAAGCGCGGCCCUCGAGCCAAUUACGCCGCUGACGCCCCUGCCUGAGUUGUCCAUGUUCAAUGGAGCCGCCACUCCGACCACAGCAGCGGGGGGAGCCAGCAUUGUGCCACUGGUGCCCAAGCUGGAGGCACCGCCCACACCCCAGUCGGCUGUGGCCACGCUGGACAUGGCCAUGGACACCAAUGACUCGCACGUGAGCUUCGGCAGUGGCCAGCAGCACACGCCGCACGGUUUCAUCGAGAAUAUCGAUAUGGGAUCGCCCCUGCAGCCGGACACGACUUCCAUCGAUGCCGAGAGCGUGGCCAAGACGCUGGACAUCUUCCUGGAGCAGCAUCAUGCCACGCCCCCGCCCAGCACGCCGCCAAAAAGCAGCCACAGCGGCAGCGAGAAGCCCAACAGUCCGGACGCCAAGCUGAAUCACUUUGACGAGUACGAGCUGCUGGAGCUGAUGUCGCAGCAGCUCGAGAUGGACAUGGGCGACGACUCGAACACCUACUGCACACCCAACCCCAAGGGGGCCAACAACAACAGCCUGCGACGCGAUCUCAACCCCAGCCUGCAGCCGUGCAUCCACGAGCUGCUCGACGCCAGCAGCCCGGACAGCGUGCUGCUGAACAACAAUCCAGGUGCCGAUGUGGACUUUGAUGCGGAUAGCUUUGUGGCUCAGCUCAGUCAGCAUGUGACGGGUGGCAAUGGCAACAGUCCCCAUGGCCACUGCAAUGGAACUGUCGACUCCAGCAGUCACUCGUCGAACAGCCACUUCAAUGGCACGCCCAUGGACUGCGAUGACUUUGAGAGCACCCUGAAUUCCUUCAUGCAGGCCGUCACACAGCCACAGGCGGGAUCGCACGGAGGAGAGUACUCGUCACCGUCGACGACGACGACGAGCAUGGCGAGCAAUGGCGUGAGCGGAGGCGGUGGCGGUGUCUUGGGCGACUCUGGCGGCGGGGCUGUGGAUGCGUUCAAUGCCAGCGGCGAUAUCUUUGAUCUGUUCAAUAUGGAUGACUACAAGAUGAACUGGGCAGCCGGGGAUUUCACUGUCUGAUGCCGCAGGAGCAGAGCACUUUCAUGCGGAUUUUCCUCCAACCCCCAAAAGAUUUUCUUCGUUCCGUGUCAAAUCAAAAAACACACAAUCCAGCGUGGUGCUCACAUUUUUUUUUCUCAAAAUAUAAUUCCUGAAGAAUUCGAAGCAAUUUUCGAAGCAUACAACACAACCAAACAACACGAAAUACACACCAAUACACACACACACACCAACACACACACACAUACAAAAUCCUAUUUAUUUUCUAAAUGCAUUUAAAACAUUUGAACGUCAGUUGAAAUUUCGAAACUUUACUAUUUCCAAGAAAACAAAAAAAAAGAAGAAACGACAAAAACCAAAAGAAAAACAAAGCCAAGCAAAAUUGCCGGGGAGUGACACUCCACACACAAAAAGAAAAGAAAAGAAAAAAAAACACCAUACCAUAAUUUCGCACCCUUUCCUAAAUAAGCAACAAAUACAGCAAAAAGAAAGAAAAACAGCCAAAACAACCAUUUAGAAAAGCAUAAAAACUUAUCAUAAAACGUAAGCCAAAACCAUUAAAAAAAAAAUACACAAAACAAACAAAAAAAAAACAACAAAAUGAUAAUGAUAUUGUAAAGAUUGAUAAAGAAAACGAAAGAAAAAGUACAUGUUUCUAAUGAAGGUCAUUCCAAUCUGAAAAUAAUGCGAGUGAAAAUCUAACCAACUAAAAACAAAACAAACAAGAAAGCUAAUAGACACACAGUGAGCGAGCGAGCGAGCGAGCGAGAAAGAAUGCGAAUGGAAGAGCGGAAGACAAAGCAUGAAUGAGAGCGAGGAACCAGGAAAUGGCAAAGAAAACCCAAAACCCCAAACCCAAACUACAAAAACAAAACAAAACAAAAAACACAGAUCAUAUAAAAUCAUAUGAGAAUCCCGCCACUUCCCCACACACACAACCAAGUGAAAACACAUUCAGUAAUUUUGUUUUAAGUUCUAUUUAAAAUGAAAUGAAUUUUAAAUUAUUUAAGGCUUAUGGAAGAGCCAGGCUUAUUUUUAGUUAAAACGCGAAAUUAUGAAAUUAAAAAUUUGAUAAGUAUUUCCUGCAAGGAAAGAAAAAGCCUUUAAAAAUAUAGUCGAAGCAACACAAAACACCAAUCUAAAUUUAAAUUUUAAAAACAAUUUUUGGGCAAGCCUUUUAAACCAAUUAGCGAAAAUAUAUAUUGAAAAAAAAAAAUAUAUAUAUAUCUUUUUGUUUGCAUUCAGCGAAUUCCGUUACUUAAAUUAAUUCUAAUUCAAAUUUUAUGAAACGUAAACUUAAGGCAAACAUAUUUCUUGGGGUUUCGAUCCCAAAAGCGGCGUGUACUUAACGCACAUUUCUAGCAGUUUUUUAAGGCAGUUCGGAAUUGUAAUUGUAAACCCCAAUAAAACCAGACCCCCCACGCACCCCUUUCGGCUAAGUGUAUUUUGUAGUAAAUGUAAAUGUAAAUGGAGGGCAUGCCAAGCAUUCGGACAUAUAUUUGAGUGUUGUGCUCAAUAAAAUAAAUUACAAUAAAUAUAUAAUAUGAGUUAAGCAAUGGAAACAUUUCAAGGAGGAAAACGAGUGACAACCAACAAACACAAUUAAACAAUUAAAAAUUGCAAAAAUUAAAACCACAAACCCCAUAUUUCUAUAAGUAUAAAUAUAUAUUUUUAUAUAAGCGAAUUACAUACAUACAUAUAUCGUACGUCUACGUUUUAGAUCUAGUCUCUAGCCGGGCAUCCACACACACAAACAAAAACACACACACACACACGUACACGUACACAUCUCCACUUCUCAUUCUCCGAAACAUUUGACACUCGUUUACAUCUGCAAUAAUCCACUCUAAUUACUCUAUUCAUAUUUGAAUACUUAACUCAUACUAUGCUAAAGUACUCUUAUUCGUACUAUAUGAUUAUUAAUUAUUCAAUCAUUGACGCUGGCUUCAAAUGAGAAAAGCUUAGAGAAAAACGUUUCCAUUAUAACAACAUGAAUUCAUGAAUUAAUUUAAUAAAUACAAUAUGUUUUAUUGUUAGCAGCAAUCUUAAUUACCAUUAAAAACUAAACUUAUUGUUUGAUUAAUUCUAAAUCUUAAUUAAUUAAAUAAAUAAAUACAUACAUACUAUAUCUAAUUUAAUGUUGGCUUGAGCUAUUUUUUUGUGCGUUGCGUUUAAAAGAGAAAUUCAUUUAAAUACAAUACAGAAUAAAACUCAAUCACGUCAUAAACUACUCGUAUGUGUAAUUAUUUUGAGAAACAACAAAAAUGAAAUCAGAAAAUAAAUCUAAAAAAAAAGGACUUAAAGCCUAUAAUUACAUAACAAGUGAUAUACCGAUAUACUUAUAUAUACAUAUAUAUUGAAGAUAACUGUGCACAUGUGCAAGAAUUUAAUGCGUAAAUAAAAACCUUAUUCAUUUUUCCAAAAAAAA